UCUGCCAACAAAAUACUAGAAAAUCACCAAGUAGUGUUUUUAAUUAUUCUGGAAGCAACAACAAUCAUGUUUUUAUCAUAAUUAACGUUAUUUUGAGAAAGUUUACAAAAAGCUGGACGUGCUAACAUUACCCGAAGGUUUCAUUACAUUUUUUAAACAUGGUCCGAAGUUUUUGAGUGGUUCUAGGUUAUAUCUCUCAGUGGACAAAAGUGAAAAUGGAUAUUCUAAAAGCUGAAAUAGCCAAGAAGCGCAAAUUAUUGGAAGAGAAAAACCUCCUUGCCCCUGAUAAGAAAUACUUUAGACGUGGGGACUUACUGGCGAAGGAAGAGGAAGAGUACCGCCAGAAAUACGGAACAAAUAAAAACGAGGAUCCAACAAACACCACGGAAGUUUCAGAAGGUGGCUGCAAACUCCACCAGUUCAAUUCUUACUGUAUUAUUUCAGGCCGAAAAUCUGAGUCUGACGUCGAGGGGCACAGCAUUUUGCCCCGAAGUGAAGUAAUCUCCCGAUUACGCGACCGCUCUGAACCCAUCCUCCUUUUUGGAGAAACCGAAGUUGACGCUUUUAAACGUUUGCGAAAAUGCGAACUUUUGGAACCUGAAGUAAACAAAGGCUUCCGAAAUGAUUUCCAAGAAGCUAUGGAGCAAGUCGAUCAGGUGUACUUGGACGAACUUCUUGCAGCGUCAGAGGACGCUAAGACAACGCCAAAACCGGCCGAUAAAGAAAAGACAGUCACUGUGACCUAUGAGGAGCUGCAGGAGAUGGCAAAGGAUAUGGGGCACGGGGAGCGGGAGCGGGAUAUGACGGUCAUUGUGCACUUUAUUGAGUUCAUUCUCAAAUUAUGGAACGAACAAAUGCAGAACCGUCCGGCUGAGGAAAAACGCGGAACCAAGGGAAAAUUGGCGCUCGCCACAUACACGCAAACCCAGCAAUACCUGAAACCGCUUCUGCGGAAACUAAAAUCUUUCACAUUGCCUGAGGACAUUUCGGACAGUUUAACAGAAAUUGUGGUUCAUCUAAUGAACAGGAAUUACCUCAAAGCAAGCGAUGCAUAUUUGCAAAUGGCCAUCGGGAACGCGCCAUGGCCCAUUGGUGUGACCAUGGUGGGCAUCCACGCUCGUACAGGGCGCGAAAAAAUCUUUUCGAAAAACGUGGCUCACGUGAUGAACGAUGAAACUCAAAGGAAGUACAUUCAAGGGUUGAAGAGAUUGAUGACCAAGUGUCAGGAAUACUACCCCACUGACCCGUCCAGGUGUGUGGAGUAUGCUGCUUUUGGGCCGCUUAAAAGUGAGUCAACUUCUUCGAAUUAAAGGCUUUAUUUGGUUACUGUAUAUAUUUGAACGAUUACGAAUAAAUUUAUUUAUUAAGUGGCAA